GACAUAAUUUUAUUAUCUGUUGGGUCGGCAGGGUUAAACCAGGCUUAAGGUUCAAAGCAUACGCAUAUCCUGCUCCUUCCUCCGCUCAACCAAAAGCCCUCCAGGAUCUGGUAUGAAAAAUCUCACCUUUCGCCGCUUCUACACCUCCUUUGAUCAUGCUAAUAGGAACUGUAGAUCCAAUCGCGCGACGAGCUCUAGCUUCCUCCCAAUCCCCCACCGAACAAUCCCAGAGCCACGGGGCCAGGACCAUGACUUUGUCGCCAUCGCCCACAGCCACCUUGUCCACGGUGAGUGGCCCAAGCUCGCUGCCCUUGCCGCUGGCCUCACCCCCUUUCGGACCAACCACCUCCUCCUCCGAAUCCAGCGUGACCCCGUCCUCUCCCUCGAAUUCUAUGACUGGGCCGCCCUCCACCAACCCAGCUCACAAAACCUAGACACUCACUCCAUAAUCCUCCACAUCCUCACCAAGGCCAAGAAAUUCAAGUCUGCCGAGUCGAUUCUCCGAGAAUUGCUCAUCCCCAGAACCCAAAAUUCCAGUCAGGAGCUCUUCGAUGCCAUACUCUACUCGUACCGCCUUUGUGAUUCGACGCCGGGCGUCUUCGAUUCGAUAUUCAAAGCCUACGCCCACCUGAAGAAGUUCAGAAACGCCACCGACACGUUUUUCCGGAUGAGGGACUAUGGAUUCCUUCCAAAUAUCCGAUCUUGCAAUGCUUUCAUGAGCUCGCUGCUUGAUUUGGGUCGGUCCGACAUCGUUUUGGCUUUCUAUCGGGAGAUGCAGCGGUGCCGGAUGUCACCGAAUGUCUAUACUCUGAACAUGGUCAUGUGUGCUCUCUGUAACUUGGGGAACUUAGAGAAGGCUUUGGAGCUGUUUGGGAAAAUGGAGACUCUGGGGUUUAGUCCCACCGUUUCUUCGUUCAAUAUUUUGGUCGCCGCACACUGUAAGAAUGGGCUUAUGGGUGCUGCUACGAAGGUCAAGAAUGGUAUGGGGAAGAAGGGUUUAGAACCAAAUGUGGUGACCUACAAUACACUCAUUCAUGGGUUCUGUAAGGAAAGGAAAUUGCAAGACGCCAAUAAAGUUUUCAAUGAGAUGAAAGCCGCCAAUGUGAGCCCGAACACUGUGACUUACAAUACUUUGAUCAAUGGUUAUAGUCCGAUUAACAACAGUGAGAUGGGUAUGAGGCUUUAUGAGGAGAUGUUAAAAAGUGGGGUGGAGGCUGAUAUAAUAACAUACAAUGCUCUAAUUAUGGGUCUCUGUAAUGAAGGGAAGACAAAGAAGGCUGCCUACUUUGUGAAGGAGCUUGACAAAGAGAACCUUGUUCCAAAUGCAUCGACUUUUUUUGCUCUUAUAUCUGGGCAGUGCAAGAGGCAAAAUUCAGAGAGGGCAUUUCAGAUGUAUAAGGCCAUGAAAAGGAGUGGUUGUCAUCCAAAUUAUGAUACGUUCAAGCUGUUGAUAUCUACCUUUUGCAAGAACAAAGACUUUGAAGGGGCAAUUGAAGUGCUGAUGGACAUGUUGGAGAUAUGGAUGGCUCCUGAUGAGGAUUUAUUGGCUGAACUUUUUGAGGGGCUUCUUUUAUCUGGAAAGAGCUACUUGGCCAAUAGGUUGCAAUUGGGGGCUGCUAGGGGAAGGCUUAUUCCGGAGGUAUAUUUUGAUAGUUUAUUUAGUUCCAAUCAAUUUGAGUUAAGAAGCUAAUGAACAUUGUUGAGAAAUGAGAAAUGCGGAAGAAGAAAGAAAAGAUGGUAUGGCUAGACUGUUGCUGAGGGCCCACAAAACAUCAAGUCUAACAUUGUACAAUUGGAGAGAUUAGAAGAGCUAAACAUGGAUUUAUUUUUGUGGAUAGGGUUUUGACAAUUGCCUCCACAUCUUUUAUACAUUUGUUGCGGGAACUUAAUGCAUCUUGUACUGUGACUAGGCAGUAUUCUUUGCCUCUAUUUUGCAUAGACAGCAUGUGAGAAAGUAAUUCUUAUUAAAAGUUGUUGGACUUUGUGGAAUUUGCUUGAGGGAUUAUGUUCUUGGCAUGAUUUGUUGUGGAAAGCAGCCAAUAUCCUAUUGUUGUGUUUGGAUGCUAUUUAUAUUUUGCUGAGAGCAGCUCUGCUGAUCUUGUUGGAUGACAAGCCUAUUCCAAUGAACUCUGUAGGGGAUUUGAGUUUAAUCUGCUGCUACCCCUAGAGCUGCAGUUAACUUAAUGAUUUCACUGAGCAUAUAUUUCCAGUCAAGCAUUAUUCUUGAAGCAAAAUAUUCGGGUGGUGACCUUUCUCUCGACUUUGCCUUUGUUCAAGACUAAAGAGUGUGAUAAUUUAUCAUUUGUUUGGUUGCAAAUGGUUUGGAGGUCGAGGAGAAAUCCGAGGGUUCUGGGCCUUCACCUCUUGCUGUUAGAGAUGAUGCUGAGAAGAUGCCACCAAAGCAGAAAAUAAGAAUCAAGCUACGGUCCUGUUGGGUACCCCCUGAUUGAGGACUCAUGCAAGCAGAUGCUGGAAGCUGCUUGAACCACCAUUGCCAAAACAAUAGGUCCUGUCCCUCCACCCACCAAGCGACGAGUCUAUUGCAUUCUCAAUUCACCACAUGUGCAUGAGGACGCACGCUUCCAUUUUGAGAUCCAGACCCACCAGCGGCUGAUUGAUAUCUUGUAUCCUACUGCCAUUCACUGAUGCAGCUUGAUCUUCCUGCAGGCGUUGAUGUGGAGGUCAUGCUUUGAUAUCAGUUGUACUUGUAUUAUACAUUUGCCUUCUUUAUCUUCUAUGCUUUCGGUAAUGAUUUUAAUUUGCAUCUAGCAGAAACCUCUUUAGAAACUAAAGGACCAGUUCUUUUUCCAUUUUAAAUUGAAUGUAAAAUCUAUAGGGAGAAUGUAAAUUUUUUUUAUACUUGGGUUUGUCACUCUGUUCUCACUAGAGAUGACAGGCAAGUGACAAUGCAAAGCACGCCAUUCACUUGAGUAGUUGGAUUU